UUUGAUCGAAUAUUAUGUUUCCAUUUGCACAUACGUUAUGUAGCAGUGUGAACGCGUUUUCUGUUGCGCUUUUUUAAGAACCGAAAGAAAAAAAUAUUUAAAUUCAACGAUGCACACAUCUUGCAAAAUUAUAUUUAUGUGGUUUCUUCUCUUUGUCAACGCCAAUUGUUGCGACGCUAAAAACAGUGGCCACGUUAAAAAUCGGGAAACAAAGAGCAAUGGAAACAGAAGAUCUUCGCGGUCGCUGCCUCAGCAUUCGGUCGUAAAUUUAUUGAUGCAAUCCUUAUCGCCAGAUUACGUGCCCAGUAAUCCGAGCGACAUUUUUGAUAUACUGCGAGACCAAUACAAAUUGCCGAAGGGUCUCAAUGCACCGUUGCCGGAAUAUGACUACAUCAUCGUGGGAGCAGGUUCGGCUGGAUGUGUUCUCGCAUCGAGAUUGACCGAGGACCCGAAAGUGACAGUGCUUCUUCUGGAAGUAGGGAAGCCGGAAAUGUUGUUGACAGACGUGCCGUCUGUGGCGCCAUACUUUCAGAAUACGGAUUAUGCAUGGCCUUACUAUAUGGAGCCGCAGCCGGGGGUCUGUUUAGGAAUGAUAAAUAAACGGUGCUAUUGGCCGAGAGGCAGGGCGAUCGGAGGUACCAGCGUUAUCAACUACAUGAUAUACACGAGGGGACGGCCCGAGGAGUGGGACAGGAUCGAAGCUGCAGGAAACUAUGGAUGGUCGUACAAAGACGUUUUGCCUUAUUAUAUGAAAUCAGAAAGAGCCCAAUUGGACGGCUUGGAGAACACCCCAUACAGAAGCAAGGAUGGCGAAAUGAACGUAGAAUUUGUGAAGUUCAGAACGCCACUCAUAAACGCAUUUUUAGAAGCUGGGAGAAUACUGGGUCAUCCAACUAUAGACUACAACAGCCCAGAAGAACUCGGAUUCGGAUAUGUCCAAACAACCACACUAACGGGAAGAAGAGUUAGCUCAGCGAAAGCAUUUCUUCACCCAAACAAAAAGCGAAAUAAUCUCCACGUCAUGCCGAUGACGACUGCAACCAAAGUUUUAAUAGACGAAGCCGCAACUGCCUAUGGAGUCGAAUACGUACGUAAUCGUCUCAAAUCACGGGUCAAAGCGAGACGAGAGAUAAUUCUGAGCGCUGGUCCAAUAGCUUCACCUCAACUAUUAAUGCUUUCCGGAAUAGGCCCGAAGGAUCAACUCCGCCGUAAUGGAAUCCCUCUUAUUGCUGACCUUCAAGUAGGUCAAACCCUUUACGAUCACAUUACGUUUCCCGGUUUAAUAUUUAAGCUCAACGUCACGAACGUGAGUGUCAAUGAAAACAGGGACGCAACUCUUAAGAAUGUAUUGGAGUGGAUCCAAUAUGGCGACAAUGUAGUCGCAUCGCCGGGUGGCGUUGAGGGUAUUGGUUACAUCAAAACUCCUGUUUCCGAUACCCCUCUGCCGAUCCCGGAUAUCGAAUUAAUUAGUAUCGGAGGAUCUUUGGUUUCCGACGGUGGCUCGACCGGAAGCAAAGCAGUUCGAAGAGGAAUGAGAAUUAGGGAUCACGUCUUUAAUAAAGCUUACGGGUCUAUAGAUAGCACGGAUACGUGGAGUGCAUUCCCGAUGCUGCUACAUCCAAAAUCCGUCGGAUAUUUAGAACUCAAAGACAGUAAUCCGUUUAGCCAUCCAAGGAUGUACGGGAAUUAUUUAACGGACCCAAAAGACGUUGCCACCUUUGUUGCCUCGAUACGACACAUCCAAGCUUUGGCUGCAACUCCGCCGUUCCAAAAAUUUGGAGCUAAACUACAUAGAGCAGAAUAUCCAGACUGUAAAGAUUUACAGUUUGAUUCCGAUGAAUAUUGGGAAUGCGCUGUACGGACACUGACGGCUACCUUACAUCAUCAGAUCGCUACGUGUCGGAUGGGCCCUGAAGAGGAUCCUAUGGCCGUAGUGGAUCCAGAACUCCGAGUUUAUGGCGUCAAAAAUCUACGUGUUGUAGAUUCUAGUGUUAUACCUAAUACUGUUUCCGUUCACACCCACGCGCCAGCUGUUAUGAUAGGAGAAAAAGCUGCGGACAUGAUCAAAGCAAGUUGGAGGUAGCAUCGUAAGUAAGAUAUGAUAGUCAUCCAAAGAGAUUUAUUAUAAGUUAAAUACAAGUAAUUAAAUCAAA